ACUAAACCCGGUUUCAAGCACUGCUCCGACUCCGAGCCAAUGGCAUCAAAAUUCUUUCAAAACAGGGAAAGUCUUUUGAGAUCAUGACUACUGUAGGAUCUGAGAGGUGCUGAAGCGCGGAACGCAGGCCGCUGGUUUCCUUGUGGUUUGAGCUUUCUCGAUCAUUCCCUCAAUUCUACACAAUGGCGCUAUUUUACGAUCCCAUCACGGAUGAAGCGGGCCCUUCGCGGACCUGGGAGGAAGAUGAGGAAGAGUUCGAGGAGCUGUAUGGGUCCAAAGGGGAGGCAGCAUAUGCAUUCAAGCUUCUGCCGGCCGCCGAACAGCACCACAAGGGCGGCAAGCUGCAGGCAGAUCUGCUCAUGGUGGGAGCGUCUUCUGCAAGCCGCGUACUGCUGUCUCAUCUUGGCGAGUUUGGUGAUAAAGUCGGCGCAAUUUACCAGGACAUAAAUGAGACAGACGAGGGACGACGCGACCGCAGCCAAGAAGAUGACGCGUCUGACGGACACCUUUUUCAAAUGAGCGCCGCAGGGGGAGACAGAAUUAUUCUCGUCUCGGUUCCGGAAGGGGUGCGACAAGAGGGGGCGGCGGCUUGGGCGAGAGCACUCUUUGGCGGCGUAUCUGCGACAAGAACGGUGGUCCUCGGGUCCAUACCCCGCUCAAAGUUCCUGGGCGCAGCGGACGAAGGGGCGUCUCCGGUGAUUUACACGGUGGAAACGUCAGCGCAACGGGCUGCAACUGGACAAGCGGGGACGAAUGUGACGUACCUUCCGACCGGGAACCUGGUGGACGGCGUCGCGGCAGCAGUCGUCAGCCAUUGUCAAGUGCGAAACUUGGUAGCGACUCUGCUCGUGAACAUCGAUCAGACGUCGGGGCCGGACCAGAAGAUGGUGCAAGCGCUGACGAAUGAAAUAAAGGAGUGCUUACAGCUGCAAUCACAGCACUUCAACGUGCAUUGGCCUGAUCUCGUGGCUAAGAGUCAGAAGGAUCUUGCGAGCAGAAGCCGGGGGCAAAGCUGGUCAGAACUGUACUCUUGACAAUAGAGUCCGAAUCGUCAAAUCAUAUGCCUUCCAAGCGUUAAGAUCCCUCCUUGUAGCCGGAACCUUCCAGGUUUGCUUGCUUGUUUCUCCGGCCUGACGAAUCUGCAUGCGGGGCUGUGUGUGAGGCCGGUUGAAAACAGGGAAAGGAGUGGACGUACUCGAGCAU